AUGGAGGACGGCUACCAGAACCGGACGGCCUUCAUCAAAGGCGCCAAAGACAUCGCCCAGGAAGUCAAGCGUCAGGCCUCCAAGAAGGUGGCGCGCAGCGUGGACCGGGUCAACGAUGAGUACAGCCGCCGCUCCUAUAGCCGCUUCGAAGAAGAUGACGAUGACGACUACCCGGCGGGGGCGCGGGAUGGUGGCGGCGGCUAUUACCGCGGCGACAGCCAGGCGGCCAACGACGAGGAGGAGGGAGGACACAGUGACUCCACUGAGGGCCACGAUGAGGAUGACGAGAUCUAUGAGGGCGAGUACCAGGGCAUCCCCCGGGCUGAGUCGGGUAAGGGCAGCCUGGCCGGCGGUCCCGGAUCGGUCCCGCAACCCUUCCAAGACAUAGCGGCAUCCGAGGCGGCGAGGCGGAAAGACCAGGAGGAACUGGCGCAGCAGUACGAGAGCAUCCUUCAGGAGUGCGGCCACGGCAAGUUCCAGUGGACGCUCUACUUCGUGCUGGGAUUGGCGCUCAUGGCCGACGGCGUGGAGAUCUUCGUGGUGGGCUUCGUCCUGCCCAGCGCCGAGAAGGACAUGUGCCUCUCCGAGCCCAACAAGAGCAUGCUGGGUCUGAUCGUUUAUUUCGGGAUGAUGGUGGGGGCCUUCCUGUGGGGAGCCAUGGCCGACCGCAUCGGCCGUCGUCAGUCUCUUCUCAUCUCACUGUCCAUCAACAGCAUCUUCUCCUUCUUCUCGUCCUUCGUGCAGGGAUACAGCACCUUCCUCUUCUGCAGGCUCCUCUCGGGCGUCGGGAUCGGCGGCUCCAUUCCCAUCGUGUUCUCCUACUACUCGGAGUUCCUGACUCACGAGAAGCGAGGCGAGCACCUCAGCUGGCUCUGCAUGUUCUGGAUGAUCGGCGGCAUUUACGCGUCAGCCAUGGCUUGGGCCAUUAUCCCCCAUUACGGAUGGAGCUUCCAAAUGGGCUCAGCCUACCAGUUCCACAGCUGGCGCGUCUUCGUGCUGGUUUGCGCCUUCCCGUCGGUGGCCGCCAUCGCCGCUCUCAACGCCAUGCCCGAAAGCCCGCGAUUUUACUUGGAGAACGGCAAACACGACGAAGGCUGGAUGAUCCUCAAGCAAGUCCACGACACUAACAUGCGGGCAAAGGGACACCCGGAAAAAGUUUUCACUGUGACCACUAUCAAAACAGUGAAGCAGAUGGACGAACUGGUCGACAGCGGCACUGACACGCCCGUUUGGCAGCGCUACCGCCUCAAGAUGGUCAGCAUCUCUCAACAGAUCCGGAAUAACAUUCUGGCUUGCUUCAGCCCUGAAUUCAAGCGCACCACUUUCAUGCUCAUGGCUGUUUGGUUCAGCAUGUCGUUUAGCUACUACGGUCUCACCGUGUGGUUCCCAGACAUGAUCAAGUACAUCCAGAAGCAGGAGUACGAGUCACGCACCAAAACUUACAGCAAGGAGCGCGUGGAGCACGUCACCUUCAACUUCACGCUGGAGAACCAGGUGCAUCGCCAAGGCUACUACUUCAACGACAAGUUCCUCAACCUGAAGAUGAAGUCUAUGGUAUUUGAAGACUCAGUGUUUGAGGAGUGUUACUUCGAGGACAUCACAUCCACGCACACCGUCUUCCGCAACUGCACCUUCAUCGCUACCUUGUUUUAUAACACAGACUUUUUCAAGUACAGAUUUGUGGACUCCAAGUUGGUGAACAGCACCUUCCUGCACAACAAGGAAGGCUGCAUUCUGGACUUCAGCGACGACUUCAACAACGCCUACAUGAUCUACUUCGUCAACUUCCUGGGAACGCUGGCUGUGUUGCCCGGCAACAUCGUGUCGGCUCUUCUCAUGGACAAAAUCGGACGCUUGAGGAUGCUGGCGGGGUCCAGCGUCAUCUCGUGCGUCAGCUGCUUCUUCUUGAUGUUCGGAAACACCGAAUCGGGCAUGAUCGCUCUCUUGUGCCUCUUUGGCGGAAUCAGCAUCGCCUCCUGGAACGCUCUGGAUGUCAUCACCGUCGAGCUUUACCCGUCUGAUAAACGGACCACGGCAUUCGGCUUCCUCAACGCUUUGUGCAAACUGGCGGCCGUACUGGGCAUCAGCAUCUUCCAGUCCUUCGUGGGCAUCACCAAGGCCGUGCCCAUCCUCUUCGCAGCCGGCGCGCUGGCCGCAGGUAGCUUUCUGGCCACAAAGCUGCCCGAAACCCGAGGCCAGGUGUUGCAGUAG